UCAAAUAAUAGCAACCCAAUCUUGUGUGAAUGAUUGCAGAGAAAACUACAGAAAAGCAUGUAGACUUUGUGUAGAAUGUAUGUCCAUUUUAAAAGUAAUAAGUAAUGAUUAUUUCAAUACAGAAAACAAAGUACAAUUAUACAGUUCUGCUAGAUCUAGUUUACUGGCUAAAUGUCUCAAACUGAAUAUGUGUGAGAGAGUUGAAUCCAGUAACCUGGCAAACUUGGGGUCUUUUAAACACAAUGUUGGUUUACCGCUGAGCUGAUAAAAACCUGUACAGCCUGACUCCUGGUAUUUGCGUAGCAGUUGCAUCUGAUUGGAGAUUCCGUAAACAGACUAUCGGUCUUCCUCCAUGUCCAUGGAAGUAGGCAUAUCUUCACUGUUUACCACUAAAUAUUGAGGACUUUGUCUUCAGGCAGGGGACUAAAAGACAAAAUAUAACAUGCCAUCCUAUCCAUGGAUAUCUGUGAAUCAACAGGCCACAAAGAAUUCAGCAGAAAUUCCAUGAUCAUAACAGCAUAGCUUAUGUCUUUCCUGAGAUUUAACUAAAGCGUGUCCCCAGGGAAAUCAGUCUUCCCUGAAUGGACAGUCCUGGUGGUCUCUCAGUGUGAGAGAUGCUGUCGAUCCAGCAGAAAUAAAAGCGUUGCCAAAAAAUUUAAACCAAUAUUUUGUUUUCGUUAUGUUGGUUUUAUGUCCUGAUCCUGGACAUAAAAUUCAUUAAUUCGAGAUUAAGCCAAGCAAGUAUGUCAGUCAUUGCAUGGGCAAUUUAAGACCAUGAUAAAAACUGUAGUAUGUCAUGCUGAAAAUUCUUUGCAUGGAUGGACUUUUAUAACAUGCUAUUUAGGAUUAGGGAACCCCUAAGUAUUCAACUUUGGUGCAUAGCUUAUCCUGCACCAAAUCAUGUGGCUUGUUGAGGAGAGGAAAGAGAGACCCAAGCCAUAUCUAGGGACCCAAAUAUCUCUCUGACUUGCAUUGGGCUCUUUUGACUUUGGUCAGUAAGUAACCACCCAGCUUCUGCCAAGCACUGCCCUGGCAACACAAGCAGUGCCAGUUGGAUUUGUUUCCACCACUUUAAUGUUCCAUAGAAUGCCACCAUGUUAUGUUACAGGGACAACCCCCUUAAAGAGAACCAGGGUUAAGUGCCUUGUUUAUGGAUUGCCCCUUGAUGGUUGAAAUUGUACAGUUAUGAGCCCAGAUCUUAAACCUCUUGGCCACGCCACUUCAAUUCUAGUGAAUAUCUGCAUAUACAUAUGUCUCAGUGUAGUGCCAAUAAUCUAGGAGCUCUUAAGCAAACAAAACAAACCCCAAUUUAAGCCAUUGAAGUGUUUUUUUUUUGUUUGUUUGUUUGUUUUUUUGUAAAUAAUUUGUAAAAGCUGUUCAAUUGUCAAUAGCCCAUGAAGCUGUUCUUCAUUCACAAAAUGAACAGUGGUUUCUUUGAGCAGCGAUUGGCAGGUUUCGUUUGGCAUGCUGUGCAGUGCCAAAGAAAUAUGCUGGAAAUACGAUUGGCUUGUGCACAUGGUGAGGUAUGUUUUUGCAGCUGAACCUUUGCAUGCCUUUCACACAUGCCCUGGGACAUGCAGAUGGCAUAUUUUCGAUCUAAUGAUCUCAGGUAUGCCAAAACCUUAAAAGUCCCAACAGUCCCUCCACAUGACUCAAGAACUUGACAUUAGGAUGGGCUCUAAAUGUCCGCACAUGAGUACCCAUAUUGAUUCCUGAUGUGUGUUGGUUCAGAUGUUUUUCUCACACUCCUCCCUUUGCAAAACAGACCUCAGGACUGCAUUUAAUCCAUUUCCAAAAUUUUUGCACUGAAAUAUAAAUCACAAGUUUCCCCAAAAGUUUGUCAUUUUAAUGUAAGUUGUUGCCUUUCAUUCAACUUCAGGCCCAUAUUUCAUUUCAGACUACUGUUGUAAAUCAUCAUUUUUUAAAUAUUUGCAGAAAUUUUCCAUAGCUUUCAUUUUAUUAGUAUUAUUAAUUUAUUGCAGUUGUAAAUUUGCUUGCAUACAACAGUGAUGGUCACUAAACUGCAAUAAUUGUGCCAUGCAUCGCACCUUCAAUUGAAUAUCUUAACGUGCUAAUUGGGGAGAGUUCUGCGUUUCUCAACAGAGAGGGGAGAUGCUAUGACUGUGAAAACAGCACACGAGGGUGGGAGCGAGGGAGAAUGUGGGUGUGUUAGUGCGUGAGAGAAUAAGAAAGCGUACUGUAUAGGGAAAGGGAGGGAGAGAGGAGAGAAAUAAAAACAGCACAAGAGGACAGCAGGCAGCACAGAGGAUAAAAUCCCUCUGAGGUUCCACCAUGUUCCUGCAGACGUUCUCCAUCCUCUUCCUCUCUGCCUUGCUCUUCAGCUGCCUGGAAGGGAAGGGUGUGCAAAUGCAGCGAGAUGUCCAGUGUUGCAUGCAGUACUCUCAUGGCAAAUUCCGGACCAAAGAUGUCCUGAGGUUUGAGGUGCAGACGGAGGGGCCAGACUGCAGCAUAAAAGCCAUCAUAUUGUACACCAAAAAUGUGGUGAAGUGUGCCGAUCCAAGGGACAGGAAGGUGAAGAGGUUACUUCGGAAACUGGUCCAAAGGCAGGGAGCCAAAGACCACAGGACCAUGUGGCUACAACCACAUAUGAAUCUGCCUGUGAUGUCAGAGACCAAGUGAAAGGUGAGAGAGGAAAGUUGAUUGAUGAAUCUCCAGCCUUCUUGUGUGUCACUGUUUUCUUAUAUGUAUAAGAAAAUGUACGUAGACUCAUAACAUUCACUACCAAACAGUAUGUUAUCCAGAUAUAUUGUGUUAUUUAGAUGUCCUCUCAAAUGACUGUUAAUCUAUAUGCCAAAGUAUUCUCUGAGACUUGUAAAAGGUUGUUCAUAAUCUCUGCAGCUAUGUAUAGUCUCUAUAACUCAUACAAGCUCUUCUAUAGAGUUAAGUAAGCUGGUAUGACUGUUCUCAGCCAAUUUAUAGUGCAAUUACAGAUUCUUGUGUAUGUUAAAACAAAACUGAUUUUUAUAUAUAAAAAGAUCU